UCCCCGCCCGCGGGCGCCGGGAUAUCAAGAUGGCGGCCCCCAGGAGCUGUGGAUUGUGGCGCUACUGCUGCCGCGGGUGGUCGCGAGCAGCGGGAGACUGCAGGCUCCCCGGAUUUCAUCGGUCCUGGCCCGGAGCCACGCCCAGUGCGCGGCUCUUGUCCCAGGAGAAGCGAGCCGCGGAAACGCACUUCGGGUUUGAGACUGUGUCGGAGGAGGAGAAAGGGGGCAAAGUCUAUCAGGUGUUUGAGAGUGUAGCCAGGAAGUAUGACGUGAUGAAUGACAUGAUGAGUCUCGGCAUCCACCGCGCUUGGAAAGAUCUGCUGAUCAGGAAAAUGCACCCACUGCCUGGGACCCAGCUGCUCGAUGUGGCUGGAGGCACAGGUGACAUCGCCUUCCGGUUCCUUAGUUAUGUGCAGGCACAGCAUCAGAGAAAACAGAGGAGACAGUUACGGACCCAGCAGAAUUUAUCCUGGGAAGAAAUUGCCAAAAAGUACCAGAAUGAAGAGGAUCCCUUGGGUGGUUCACUUGUCACGGUCUGUGACAUCAACAGGGAGAUGCUAAAGGUUGGGAAGCAGAAAGCCUUGGACCAAGGACACACAGCUGGACUUGCCUGGGUACUGGGAGAUGCUGAAGAGCUGCCCUUUGAUGACAACCAAUUUGAUGUUUACACCAUUGCUUUUGGGAUCCGGAAUGUCACACACAUUGACCGGGCACUCCAGGAAGCACAUCGGGUCCUAAAGCCAGGAGGACGGUUUCUCUGUCUGGAAUUUAGCCAAGUGAAUGAUCCCCUCAUAUCCAGGCUUUAUGAUCUGUACAGUUUCCAGGUCAUCCCUGUCAUUGGAGAGGUCAUUGCAGGAGACUGGAAGUCCUAUCAAUACCUUGUGGAAAGUAUUCGGAAGUUCCCUAAUCAGGAAGAGUUCAAGGAGAUGAUUGAAGAUGCAGGCUUUCAGAAGGUGACCUUCGAAAACCUGACCACAGGGAUUGUGGCCAUUCAUUCUGGCUUCAAACUCUAGCUCCCUUCUGUUGUGCAGCACGAACCAGUCAUUCUGCUGAGGCCUGGAACUGGAAGAGAAUCUCCCUGAGGAGACAGUAGCAUCCACCUCCUCUUAGGGUAUAACGCCUUGGAUUCUGCAUUCAUCAGUCUCAAAAAGGAAGACACAAACUCCUGCCAUUUUUUGCAGCUCUCAUUAGUAGCUGUUAGGGUUAGGGUUAGAGUUAGGGUUAGGGUUAAGGUUAGGCUGCCACCAAGGCCUUCUUUCUCCCCAAAGUGUCUGACCUGGUUUUGCUGAACUCCUGAUAACACUUGGCUGUGCAGUGUGGAGUCAGAUAAAACCAGCACUCACACAGUUCUGAAGCUUCCUGGUAGCAUCUCUAUCACAGAUGAGUUCCAGAGGGAUAAUGGAUCCCUGAAAGCCAAGGAUGGUUUGAGCCAGUCUUUCAGACUAGAAUUGAAUCUAGAGCCAAAAGCCCAGGUCCAAGUCAGAAUGCUGACAGUUAGGACUUUGGGCGGGUGAGGUGCUCAGAGGUGAGCACAUUAGAACUGGGGGUUGAGGGUACAGCUCAGUGGCAGAGCAUGUGCUUAGCCUGGUGAGGCCCUGGGUUUGGUUCUCAUCACCAGAAGCAAACAAAAAAAGUAGAACUGUGGGAAGCAGUAAAGCUUACAAUUUGGUUGGUA